GGAGCGAUCGAUACAAGUGGCAGUGGGAGUGGCAGGAUGAGAGGAGUUGAGUACCAGACCACCCUUCUGAAUCCUUCCCUUUCCUUUCCUUUCCUGCCUUCCUGGUGGUGGUGGCUCCCGAUCCUUCCUUUCCUCCGCCUCCGCCUACCCCUUCCUUCCCAACAAGACAAGACCUCAUCAUGGUCUCCGACGCCAGCAAGAAGAAGGCCGCGCAGAAGAAAGCCGCCGCAGCAGCCAAGAGGGGAGGCAAGGCGCCCACCUCCACCUCUUCAUCCUCUUCCUCGGCCUCCAAUAAGGCGGCUGCCGAUGGCGUCGCCGCGCUUAAGCUCUCCGAUCGCACCUGCACCGGCGUCCUCGCCUCCCACCCGCUCUCCCGAGAUAUCCACAUAGAGUCUCUUUCAUUAACAUUUCACGGACAUGACCUUAUUGUAGAUUCUGAGUUGGAGUUCAACUAUGGGAGGCGAUACGGUUUGCUUGGCCUAAAUGGCUGUGGAAAAUCUACUCUUCUCACAGCAAUAGGCUGCAGAGAACUCCCUAUCCCUGAACACAUGGACAUAUACCAUCUCACCCGUGAGAUUGAGGCUUCAGACAUGUCUGCACUACAAGCUGUUGUUAGUUGUGAUGAAGAAAGAGUGAAGUUGGAAAAGGAAGCUGAAAUUCUGGCUGCACAGGAUGACGGUGGCGGUGAUGCUUUGGAUCGUGUAUAUGAGCGUCUAGAAGCGAUUGAUGCAUCAACUGCUGAAAAGCGUGCUGCUGAGAUAUUAUUUGGUUUAGGUUUUAACAAACAAAUGCAGGCAAAGAAAACUCGAGAUUUUUCUGGUGGCUGGCGUAUGAGGAUUGCUUUGGCAAGAGCGCUGUUCAUGAAUCCAACAAUCCUUUUGCUUGAUGAGCCCACAAACCAUCUUGAUCUUGAGGCAUGUGUCUGGUUGGAAGAGACGCUAAAGAAAUUUGACCGUAUACUUGUUGUCAUAUCACACUCCCAGGACUUUCUAAAUGGAGUGUGCACUAACAUCAUCCACAUGCAGAACAAGAAGCUCAAGUUAUAUACUGGUAACUAUGACCAGUACGUUCAAACCCGCUCCGAACUUGAAGAGAAUCAGAUGAAGCAGUACAAAUGGGAGCAGGAGCAGAUUGCUUCAAUGAAGGAGUACAUUGCACGGUUUGGUCAUGGGUCUGCAAAGCUUGCACGUCAGGCUCAAAGUAAGGAGAAAACUCUAGCAAAGAUGGAGCGUGGCGGGCUCACCGAAAAGGUUGUUAGGGACAAAAUACUGGUUUUCCGCUUUACAAAUGUUGGCAAACUUCCACCACCAGUGCUGCAGUUUGUUGAGGUCACGUUUGGCUACACACCGGAUAAUCUCAUAUACAAGAACAUUGACUUUGGUGUUGACCUUGACUCUAGAAUUGCACUGGUUGGUCCCAAUGGGGCAGGGAAGAGCACUCUUCUGAAACUCAUGACAGGUGACCUGGUUCCAUUGGAUGGAAUGGUGAGGCGCCACAAUCACCUGCGAAUCGCGCAGUUCCAUCAGCAUCUGACGGAGAUGCUGGACCUGGACAUGUCGGCCCUGCAGUACAUGAUGAAGGAAUACCCUGGGAAUGAAGAAGAGAGGAUGAGAGCUGCAGUUGGUAAGUUUGGUCUGUCAGGGAAGGCUCAGGUGAUGCCGAUGAGGAAUCUCUCCGACGGGCAGAGGAGCCGUGUCAUCUUUGCGUGGCUGGCAUACAGGCAGCCACAACUACUGCUGCUUGACGAGCCGACGAACCAUCUUGAUAUUGAGACCAUCGACUCGCUAGCGGAGGCGCUAAGCGAAUGGGACGGUGGUUUGGUCCUGGUGAGCCAUGACUUUAGGCUGAUCAACCAGGUUGCUCAAGAGAUCUGGGUGUGUGAGAACCAGGCAGUAACUAGGUGGGAAGGUGAUAUCAUGGAAUUCAAGGAACAUUUAAGGAGUAAGGCUGGUCUAUCCGACUAGAAGGAACGAAGGCCUUGUUUUCUUCUCUUUGGUUGGAGAUUUAUAGCCAACCAAAGUUUUUCCUCUGUAUGACAGAGACCACCGGGUUAUCUAGUAGCAGAUUACCGGGAUGACUAUUGAAUUGCGUCCAUCCAUGAUGUUAUAUGAGGACCAGAGGAUUUGUAGUACUUUAAAAGUUUGUCUAUAUUGUCUUUUGAAAUGCUUGCCCUUA